AUGUCGCUUCCUUCUGGGGUCACUGUCACGAACGAAUGUAUGACAGAUUUCAGUGCACUUCGGUCAGCAAGAGGAUCAAACAAGCCAAGAUUCAUCAUCUACAAAAUCACAGACGAUUACCAGUCCGUUGUCACGGAAGAGUCAUCUACCGAACAAGACUACGAAGCUUUUCGCAGCAAGCUUGUCUCAUCAGUCGAUAGUGCGGGAAAUCCUUCUCCUCGCUAUGCAGUCUACAAUGUUGAAUACGAUCUUGGUCUUGAAGGGAAACGGUCUAAAAUCGUCUUCAUCACCUGGGUUCCUAAGGAAACCUCUACAAAGGUCCGAAUGAUAUAUGCAAGCACUAAAGAGCAGGUGCGGAAAUUCCUUGAUGUCAAGGCGUCUAUUCACGCAGACGAGCCCGACGAAAUUGAAUGGCAGACGGUUUUGAAGGAGGUUUCUGGUGGCAUGGCAUGA